AUUCACUGGACGUUCAGAUACGCAGCAGCUCGUCCACGUCGACGACAAACCAACCCGUUUUCCCGGGAAAUAUCUUGAAAUUGCUGAUUAAAUUGAAGCAGCCUAUCAAUGAAGUGACCGUCAAAAGCGAAUGAAUAUGUAUUUGUUGGAGAGUGCUCGACAACUUUUCAACAACACGUCUCAGGCAGGUAAUAAAUAUCAUGGACUGAUGAACCAAGGAGCAACAUGUUACCUGAACAGUGUGCUGCAGGUGUUGUUCAUGACCAAAGACUUCAGAGAAGCUGUAACGAGGUUCUCUGAUGAAAAUCCUCACACUGAGUUUAUUGAUCAUCAUCUCAAAGCCUUGUUUGAUGACUUACAGAAGUAUACAACGUACACAUAUAACAUAACAAAGAAGCUGGGCAUCGACAAUGUGAAUGAACAGCGUGAUGCUGCAGAGUACUUUGAGAGGGUUUUAAGAAAGACCAGCCAUGAGGCAUCAAAGAUCUUUCACGGUAAGUUAGCAAACAAGACCACCUGUCAUAGGUGUCAUACAGAGACUGACAGAGAUGCACCAUUCUGGCAUCUUCCUCUUUCAUUGGUGGAGUCCUGCAGUGAAGUCUACAGUGUGAUGAACGGCAUUGAAGAGUAUUUCAAACCUUCAGUGUUAUGUGGAGAAAACCAGAUGUACUGUGACGAAUGUGAUGAGAAAGUUGAUGCUACUUUAAGAGAUGUAAUAAAGUAUCAUCCAGAUGUUUUGAUUCUGCUGCUGAAGAGGUUUGAGUUCAACUAUGAUUACAUGUCAUACGUCAAGAUCAGCUGUCCUGUGGAGGUUCCCUACACUCUGCAGAUACCAGAGAGUCAGACAUAUGAACUGUAUGCAGUUGUGGAUCAUUUUGGUAAUUUGAGAUGUGGACACUACAGAGCAACGAUCAAGAUCCAGGAGGAGAAAGAUCAAUGGUUUAACUUUGAUGACACCAGCGUCACAUCGGCUGCUAAACAGAAAGAUCACACUGAGAGAUCCCAGACUGCAUACAUUCUGUUUUACAGAAAGAAGGAAGAUGAGUGUGGACCACCUGAAAAAAAGAGAAGAAAAGCGGAGGAUGAGGCAACAGCAGCACUCUGUAAUGAUCCUGUAAAUGUUGUUUGUACUGACAAAGAUAAAGAUGAGACAGAGGUCAUGAGUCCUGAGUUUGGAGCAGCAGAGGUAUCACCUCCCCUCAGCUUGAAUGUAGAUCAUUCAGAAAGUGAAGUUCAUGUUGAGACUUUGGGAAAUGAAGGAACUGGAGUCAAUGAGCUGAAUCAUAAAGAAGGAGUGGAUGAUGUUAGACAGAGCAGACCAGAUAAUAACCAUGAUAUUAAACCUGAAGUCAGAUCUGCAGUGUGUGAUCAUGUAAACAAAGAUGAGACGAGGGAUUCAAAAACAGGUAAAGAUGGAAAUAAUGAAGAUAAACAAUUAGAAAAGAAAAGCCAUGAAGACGAUCCACAUGAUGAAGAAUUAGACGACUACAGACAGACCACAGAUGAACAUCAGGGAGGUGAAGAAAAGACCGGAAAAGAUUCCAGCGUUAAUCCUGCUCAUGUUCAUGACACAAAUGGAAAGACUGACUCUGAUAAACCAACAACAGAAGUGAGCUUUAAUAAACUUCAGGACAAAGAAGAAGUUGAUGAGAGCAAAGAAAACAUAAAAGAGGAUCAGAGUCAGAAACAGAGAAAACAACAGAGUGAUCACAAUGAUACACUAAACAUGCAGGAAAUCAGUGUUACACAUUCAGCUGAUGAAUCUGUUUGUGUAGAGAGACAAAACAGGAAUGUGACGGAGGACAGGAGAGGAAAGGAAGGAAGGGAUAUUCAAGCUUCCAUGGAAAAACAGGUUUACAAUCAAGGUGUGGAGCAUAAAGACAUGAGCAGAUUGUGUGAUUUUGGGCAAAACACAGCAGAGAAGCUCAGCAGCACCUCAACAACACACAAAGAUGUUCAGAAACAGACCAAAGAGCAGAAAAAUAAAGGAGAUCCUGAGAAAAUUCAAACCAGAGAGAAGUCCUCUCAGAGAAGACAAGAAACAAUGAUCGAGGAAGCUGAAAGAAACAAAAAUAUAAGAGCAGGAAGUUCUCAGUCAGAUGUCAGAGCUGGGAAUCAAGGAGUCACAGAAGGAGAACAUCAUUCACAGAAAUCAGAACCUCAAAAAACUGAUGAAGAAAUCAGAGAGACGGCUGUUCAUGAAAACAGUGAAACAAAGAGCAGAAGAUUAGAAACUGCAGAGAAAACCUCAGAGCACAGCACCAAGAGAAGUGAGAAAAUCAAAAGAAAAGCUAAAAAAAAAUCAUCUUCAUCAAAGGUUUCAAUGAACACUUUGUCCUCAAGUGUCGACAGUUUAACACUGAAUGAAUCAAAUUUACCAGAGAAGCAGAAACAAGGAACCAAAAAAAGAAAACACAAGGAGGAUGAGAGAAUUAGUCCAGAAACCACCGAACUCCCUAAUUUAGAAUUAGAAGCUCCUGCUGUGAAAAAUAAAGGCAAGAAAAGAGGGUGGUUCAAAAGCAAAAAGAAAGAAAAAAGCCAUAAAUCAGCAAAACCAAAGAAAACUCCUGGGUGUGCUCUAACUUCAUGCUUCAUCCAGGCUUCAGAUUCUAAUUAAGGUGAAAUCCACGCUGAAUAAAUUUUAAAGAUUAUUCUAUAUGUGUAUCAGUGUCAUAAUCCAGGUGAUGUUUUUAGUUUUUAAUUGAAUAUUAUUAUAAAUAUCACAACAGACAUCAGCAGCAUUCAGGCCAAAUGAAGAGCACUUUAAUAACUUUGUUUCUCCUGAUCUUAGAGAACGCAGUUUGGUUGUUGUGCUCCUCUUUGUGUUCAGGUGGAGAAUAACUCUGAAAAUUCACUUUAAUAAACAAACAGAAACACAAUUAUAUCACAUUUUCAGACUGAAGGGUCAAUCAUUUUUGUUGGUUGAUGCUCUUCAAGUGUUCACUGAAACUGUUUAAUGCUGAUGCCAACUACUAUAUUGUGUUCACUUUUGUGGUUUUUGUCUUGUUAAAAAUUCUGUAAAAUUGAUAGCAGUGAAUGCACAAUGAUAUUGUGUAUGUACCCUAUUUUAAUUUAGCUUUUAAUGUGUUUAUUUUACUGUGGUGUAGUUUGUUAAAUGAUCUCACUUUAUUAAAUAUUUCAGAGAAAUUCCUGUUUAAUAUUAUCCUGUAUUGUUUUAGAUAUGAGACCCCAGUGUGUGUUUGUGCUUUUUUGCAGUGUUUCUGGAUGUUUCAGACUGGUCUCAAAGAUAAUCUGAGACAAUAGUUUCAUUUAUGAACAGAUCUUAUUCAGUCACAGCUCAAGUGAACACAAAUUCAACACUGAAACUGCUGCUGAGUGAAUAUUUUUGCAAAGAAUAACAAAAAACAGCUCAAAUAUUAAAU